UAAUCAUGUCCACAACUGAGAGGAGGAAUCUAGCAAGUUCUUGUUGAGGUAUAUUCGCAAGUCAAGAUACAGCAGUGGCUCAUAUGCUUUUCUGGAUAACAUAAUCCAUGGAUAAAGUGGGAAAGAUGUGGAACAAUUUCAAAUACAGGUGCCAGAAUCUCUUCAGUCAUGAAGGUGGAAGCCAAAAUGAAAAUGUGGUGGUGAGCUCCAGUAGUUGCUCAUCUGCUAAAGACAAAGCUAUCCAGAUAACUGGAGUGGCCCAACAUCAACCCAGCAGCCCUUUGAGAGAAAACAUUGCUUUGCAACUAGGUUUAAGUCCUUCCAAGAAUUCAGCAAGGCGGAACCAAAACUGUGUCACAGAAAUUCCUCAGAUUGUUGAAAUAAGCAUUGAGAAAGAGAAUGACUCAUGUAUCACCACGGGAGCUAGGCUUGCUCGAAGGGACUCUUAUUCUCGGCAUGCUCCUUGGGGUGGGAAGAAGAAACAUUCCUGCUCUACCAAAACCCAGAGCUCCUUGGAUACUGAAAAAAGAUUUGGUAGAACGCGAAGUGGUUUGCAGAGGCGGGAGAGAAGGUAUGGGGUGAGUUCUGUCCAUGAUAUGGAUGCAGUGUCAAACAGGACAGUAGGCAGCCGCUCUCUGCGUCAGCGUCUACAGGAUACUGUUGGGCUGUGUUUUCCCAUGAGAACUUACAGCAAACAGUCCAAACCUCUGUUUUCUAACAAAAGAAAGAUCCACCUCUCUGAACUGAUGCUUGAGAAAUGCCCUUUUCCUGCAGGCUCCGAUCUGGCUCAGAAGUGGCACCUGAUUAAACAGCACACAGCUCCUGUGAGUCCACAUUCAACCUUUUUUGACACAUUUGAUCCUUCCUUGGUCUCCACGGAGGAUGAAGAAGACCGGCUGCGAGAGAGACGCAGACUCAGUAUUGAAGAAGGGGUGGAUCCCCCUCCCAACGCCCAAAUACAUACUUUUGAAGCCACAGCACAGGUUAAUCCAUUGUAUAAACUGGGACCAAAGCUAGCCCCCGGUAUGACUGAGCUGACCGGGGACAAAAAUCUAACCCCUCCAGGAAACUGUGACUCUGAAGAGGACACAACAACGCUCUGCCUGCAGUCACGCAGGCAGAAGCAGCGUCAGAUGUCUGGAGAGAACCACGGCCACAUCAGCAGGCAGGGGGCUUGGAAGGUGCACACUCAGAUAGACUACAUCCAUUGCCUUGUGCCAGACUUACUUCAGAUCACAGGUAACCCCUGCUACUGGGGCGUGAUGGACCGCUAUGAAGCAGAAGCACUUCUGGAGGGUAAGCCCGAAGGCACUUUUUUGCUCAGGGAUUCUGCGCAAGAGGACUACCUCUUCUCUGUGAGCUUCCGUCGAUAUAACCGAUCGCUACACGCACGCAUUGAGCAGUGGAAUCACAAUUUCAGUUUCGAUGCCCACGAUCCCUGUGUGUUUCACUCCUCCACUGUUACAGGGCUUCUGGAACACUACAAAGACCCAAGCUCUUGCAUGUUCUUUGAACCAUUGCUUACCGUGUCCCUGAACAGGACCUUCCCCUUUAGUCUGCAGUAUAUCUGCCGGGCAGUAAUCUGCAGGUGCACUACGUAUGACGGAAUUGAUGACCUUCCUCUACCUUCGAUGUUGCAAGACUUUCUAAAGGAGUAUCACUAUAAACAAAAAGUCAGGGUGCGAUGGCUGGAGCGGGAACCUAUAAAAACAAAGUAACCGAAAUCAGAAUCCCCAGUAAGCUUACAGAAUAUGCUUUUUUUUGUGUGUUACAGUUUAACUGCAGCGAACGCACCAACAACGUCUAGCUUUUUUGCAAUAUCCUAUUUAAGCUGAGUGUUAGUAUCCUGUCAGAUGCUGCCUGCUGUUAAUCAAACUAAGUUGUGAUGCCUCUUGGAAACAAUAAGCAGACACAAUUCUGCACGUUUUUCAUUAAGGCCUAAUGAAAAUAUUUUUGCUAAUUCCUGAAUAUUUUGUUUUUAUAGCUGUAGUAAUUGGAUGAAGAAACUAUGCGGCAUUUUCCAUGGGGCAUUCAUGUAAUGCUAAUAAAGACUUUAUUGGAGGAGCAUUUUUGCUAAUAUUUGAAGUAUUUUUUUAAAAUACCUUCUUGAAAACUUUUCACUUCUCAAAGUACUAAUUUAGCUUGCGGAUAACUUUGCAGAUAGUAGUGAAUAAGAGUAUUUUCUUUUAACCAAGAGCAGUUCACUAGAAGCAGGAUGGCCUGCUGUCCAUAAAGAGUUAACGGCCUUUUGAUGCUAGCAGAUGAAUCAUGCUUUUCUCAGUGUAUAGGGUUUCCUAAUCGUUAAGACUUGAAUAUGCCUGCUCAGUACUGUAAUUCUAUUUUAAACACUUGGAGAUUUAAGUGGCAUUGUUAGCAAAAGUAAUACUGUCUUGGACAGUUAAAUACCUUCCAGCGUGAAUUAUCGAUUCAAUGGCAGGGCACAGAACGAGAUUACUGCCAUGAAACAAAAGUUUGUGUUUUUCUAAAGCAGAAUUUGGUGGCCUGACUACUCGUCAUUUACAAUGGAAGGUAAUAGUGAAGAGAAGCAAUGUUUUUUAUUUUUAAAGUGUCUGAUAUUUUUAUGGAGAAAAUUACAAGUGGUUGAGUUAUUAUAAUCAGAAUACAAAAUCUGACACAUCUGAAAUAAAUGUCAGGUUUCGCAGGUACUGUUACACUUUAUUUGUAAAUAUCUUUCCAUUUGCGCUUUUAAAAAUGUUUUAAAGUAAUAUGCACUGAUAAUAGUUUCAACAGAUUACUUGGAAACAAAAUUCUAAGUUCUGUUUGCUUAUUUAAUUGGAGAUGGAACUUAAAAUAGUUCUGUCUUUGACAUUUUUGCACUAAAAUUUUGUUGGAAUGCCCUGUCCCGUUUUAAUGUUUUGUACCAAUUACAAGUGCUCCCUAGUUUCUUUACCAGCUGCUACAGUAUGGUAUUACUUCUCUAUGGCAGUGACCUGUGCGAGGUAGGGAACAUCUUGGCUGCAAGUACAAUAAACGUUAUUCUUGUAUGCUACACUAACCCUUCUAUUGAUGUAUUUUUCUGCUUGCUGUGCCUUGUUCUGGCUUUUUGUGCUAAUAAAGUACAGUAUGUUCAGUGUUAUACUUGUAUAUCUGCUCCGUUUUUAUAUAUUCACAUAACCUGUAGCAGUUAACUGAGUUUUUAAUAGGCUUUUCUUAGUCCUUAGUGUAGGUAAUGCACAAACGCUGUGCAGCUGAAUAUUGGUCAGCACGCCAUACUCCUGCCUGGGUUUUGUUACACUGCUUAUCAGAAACCUGACGGUGUACACCAUUGAAUGUUUCUGUAGUCACUGCGAAAUACUGAACGUAUCUGCAGGCAUAGAGCAUUUUAAAGUUUUUUGUAAAGGAUAAAUGUUAAGCAAAAAAUACUCUAAAAACAUUACUGAUCCCCUGUAAUAGUUGCUGAAUGUUUUAGCUUGUUAUAUAGCUAACUGCUAAGCUUAGUAUUUUGAUACUCCCCACUGAGUAAGGAAUGGUUAUUCCUGUAAAUUGACAGUACAGCAGUGGCAUUUGUUCACUUUUAGACUAUUGUAAUAAAUAGAUGUACACACAAACUGGCCAAAUGUCCUGUUUUUACCAAAGAAUACUGUCAAUUUAUGUUGGGGUAUUUUGUAGUGAAAAUCGUAGAGUGGAGAGGCACAAUUUCUGUUCUAUCAAAUAUUUAUCAUAAACUAUGACAAACCAAAGUAUUUGACAACUUCAUCUGAACUUAAAUAAUGUAUACAUCCAUGUUGGUGGAGCUUAAACCUUUUACGUCAACAGUGUCGUCAUUUUUUUUCCUGAAUACACAAUGCACCUGAAGAAGAAUGACUUAAAUAGUUUUGUAAUGACUGGAACAGCACUACAUAGAAGCUUAUACUGAAAAGGGUUAACCUGAAGCACCCGGAAAGCACUUUAAAAUGUGUUUAUAUGCUUGUGGAAAAUCUGUGAUCCCGUUACGCAUUCUUUGUAGUAGAUGAUCUUUCCUGUGUUAAAACUUCAACUGUUAAAAUGAAACUUUGUUUAAAGUAUAUAAAUACUGAAUUUAUGUAAGUAUGUGUACAAAUGUGCUAAUGGUCACUUCAGUUUUUUGAAUUGCGUGUGUCAUUGGAUAUGCAACUCCUGGUUUAAAACCUGCGUAGAAAGAGGAAAACAGUCACCAGCAUGAAAUUGCACCCAAGUGUACCUUCACCGUGUCAUUCUCACUGUUCCCUUGAUUGGAUCUGAAUUCCAGUGGAGUUUACUUUAAAAAUCUUGCUUUUAAUAUUAGUAUCAUUCAGUCAACCUGCAACCAAGUUUUGCCCCAGUGUAGGGGCCUGGUUUCUGUUUACACCUGUUGCAGUUGCUUGUCAUAAACUAGCUGAUGGGAUUCUAGCUAUAACAUUAUCAAUGUGGUCAGGAAUACACAUUCAUUUAGUUUUUUAUCAUGUAGUGAAUCUUUAGAAAAAUAAUGAUAAUAAACUAAUCUCAAA